UUUAAAUUUUGUAAUCACCUUGAAAAUUAUUUUGUAAGAAGUAUUUUCGCGUUUUUUAAAUAUUUCUAGUAAGCAGACGUGUGGUGGUCGAGUGCAAAUCGACGAACAUGGAUUAUGAUGCGGUAGAAGUAAUUCAAUUUUAUCAAAAAAUGAUCGUUUCUGUUGAUGUUUCCGAUUAUUUGCGACAGCAGAAAAAUGAUCAACGAAAAAAAGUUAUUUUUCGAAUCGGUGUCAACUUUAGAACUGAAUCUGAUGAAACUGAUAUUGAUACGGUAACUGUGCUAUCAAAACCAGACAAAAACCGACAAUUAUCCAGCAUACCGCUAAUUGUUGUUCCCGCAGAUAAGGAAAUCAGCCUGAUCUACAAGCGGCCUAAACAACAGAACAAGCCGAUCCACGUUACGCUAAAGCAUCGUGCGUUAAAGAAGAUGAAAAACAUCAUAGGCAAAACUUUCAUCCGCCCGCCCUGUGUUGUGCUAGGCUAGUGCUGUGUGCUGUCAUGCAAUCCCAGUAAACGGCUGCGACGUAUAAGGGUUGUGUCACUUUUCCGAAAGUUCGGCUGCCGCUUUCCCAAAAAAGCCCAAUGAACAAAGGUGGAUAUGGAUGUGUGGUUCGUUCGAGUUGUUAUUAUGGUUUAAUUACAAAAAUCGAGUCGACUGGACUUAUUUAUUUACUCAAAAAUGAGACGAGUUACUCGUCGAAGCUUCUAUAAUACAGCCUUGUCGUCGUGUACUCUGUAAGUAGAAAAUGAUGAAAAAUAAAAUAGUCACUAAACCCUACUAUUCGAAGCUUU